AACUUUUCCCUAGCGUGAUUGUAAACACAGUUUUAUAAAUAUUAUGUAGUGUUUGUCGUGGAAUUGCAUGUUAAAUAAUUUGCUACAGUCCAUAUUUCUCGUUAUCGUAUCCUAUCAUACCCCCUUCAUAAUGGCUACUCAAGAUUUUAGAAAAGAGACGAUGCCUGUCCGCCCCAGAAGUCUUUACACUGCUCACUCCUUCAAUCAGGAGGAGUCCAACCUAUCAGCCUUUCAAGACUACACGAAGUUUCUGGAAGGUGGUCUGGGUCAGAUGGAGCUGAUGGGUGCUGUUGGGUGGCAGCCGCCGUGGCGGGGUCCCAUGCAGCACAAAGCACCAUAUUAUCCUGGUGAUGAUAUCUACCACAACGACACUUGGAGAGACUUGGAGGUAGCCGAUGCUGUGGCUGUUGACUACACCGGCUCUGUGACUCCACACGGCACAAUCUGUCUGCGCCUCAGAGACAGGGUCAAGGUGGAUAUGACGGUGGACGGUGCGGUGAGAGUGACUAACCCGAAGAACAACAUAAUACUAGCGUUGUCGCGGUCCGGAGCCACAGCCGGACUCAUCCACCCCAACGGCCGCGUCUACCACUACGGCUCGAGGGUUGAGAUACAAGCGCGCCAUCCCCAAGGAAAUAACAAGUACGCGAAGAUGUGGUACAAGGGUGUGUCUUUCACGGCGGAGCAAUGCGCCCUGGUGUACCUCGUGGACGCCGCAGGGACGCGCACUACCACCGACUCUUUCCUCGACAUGAGCCAGGACUUCACGCUCAACGUGUUCUACAAUGAUUCCCGCCACGGUCCGUCGUAUGUGAACGAAGCACUGUCCAUACUGAAGGCGGCCCAAUACUGGCUCACCGAUGACGGGAUAGACAACUGGAUCAUCAACAACGUGCGCGUCAGCCAGACUGCGGACGGACUCGUCAGGAUCCACCGCUGCAACCACAAGUACCAGAUGAGAACCAGCCCCAGCAACGGCUCAGCUUCCGUAACGAGUCCCUUCGUCCAUUGCACAGCAUCCCUUGGACAAACACAGCAUCUCUUCGUCAGACGCGGCGAGAGAAGAAUGCACUUCGACGGCAACUCAUUUAUAGUCCGCAACGCGGGACACUCCGCUGGCUUCGACGACAAGAACCAGCUAAAGGUCUACUAAUCACCCUUUUCCCCAUAUUACUCAGGGCGCAACAGGUUGUGUAUGUCCAUUAUACAGAGUUCACUGUGAAAGUAGCUGAUAGAGCAAUUUUUUUGCGAUUUGUAUGGACGAGCGCUCCAGCGUCAUAAAAUUGACCAUACAAAAGCUUAAAAAAUCCUCUAUCAGCGCUGCUACUUUCUCAGAGAACCCUAUGGAUAGGACUAUAUUAUAUUAUUACUUUGUUUUAUUGCACCCUGUCUCGUUUACUCGUUUUUUUCCAUCUCCGUCCUCGGCCGGAGUUUCGUUUUCUUUAUUUUUAGGUUUAUCUGAAUCUAAUGGACGAGUCGUCUAAAGUUUUUAGUAUUUUUCUUUUUGUGUACGAGUCGCUCGACGAGUUUUUGACGGCUCAUGAGUCACGCUGCCGAGUGCCAUUUUCAAUUGCCACAUAUAGAAUAAGAUUAGUGAUGCUAAAGUGUUAGAUCAUCUCCCAUAUCGUACUAUUCUCUAUGCAUCCGACUUUUUGUCUAACCGAGUUGAUACAGUGCUACUAUCUUUCUUUAUAUUAUAUUUUUACAUUGCUUUUGAUACUUUUAUAUACGUAUGCUGGAUUUGUUUGUACAGCCAACGAAUUUAUCGGCCGAUGUAACGAAACGCGUUGAAUCAGUGAUUGCGUAAAUGUACCUCCGUAUUGUGGUAUUGUGACUGACUAUACACUAUGCACUACACAGUAUACAGUAUACACUACACAGUAUAAUGCACACAGUCGAGAGCCUUCCACGUCAGCCACUCCCGGAACUUGGCAGCACAUUAAACAGGUUCAUUUAUUUUGUCAUUUCGGAAAUUAAACACUCGUCCCAUUAGAUUCAAUGAGUCAAACUUCAAGUAUGCGAAGUGUUACGUUUGAAUAUAAAAACAUAUUUUGUUAAA